AAACACAAAAGUAACUUAUAUCUAGUGAAAUCAGGUCUACAGAAAUUGAUGUGUGAUAUCUUUCGGAAAACUAGUGGAGACUGGUUUUUCUUCUGUGCUCAUAAUAAUUUUUUCAUUGCUAUGGAGUUGCGUUUUGGUUGCUGGGGUGCGAUACAUGUAACAGCCUUCGUACUAGUCAUAGCAAUCGGAAUUGCCAACACAAAUGCUGCACUCUAUGAAGCGAUAGUCAAUCUGGAAAAAUUGCUUGGAACAGAAGCAGCUCUCAUCAGAGUCCUUGACGAGUACAUCUCUUUUACAGAGCAACGGUUGGCAAUCCUUAAAAGACAUGCAGCCAAAUACAGCGCAGAGCACCACGAGGCGAUCAAUGACGUCAGCGCCUACCUGUCCAAUCCAAUCAACGCCUUUCGAAUAAUAAAGCGACUGACCUACGAGUGGAAUCACACUCAAUCGCUUAUGUUCGAUUUCACUCAAGAGGUGCGUCAGUACACGACGCAGUACCGGCAGGUGUUGAAGUUCCCGACUGAAGAGGACCUUUCGGGGGCGGCGACUGCUUUGAUGCGUCUGCAGGACACCUACCAGUUGGACACCGCCUCCGUCGCAAGGGGGCAGCUCAACGGAGUCCAGUACACCACUCAGCUAUCCGGUGACGAUUGUUUCGAGCUGGGUAGACAUUCGUACUGGGACGGGAACUUCCUUUUUGCGGCGAUGUGGAUGUCAGAGUCGCUCAACCGCCAGCAAUGGGAGCGCAAUCAAGCCAGCUUCGAACGUUGGCAGAAGACACUAGAGUACAUCGACUACUCCGUUAAAAUGAAAGACUAUGAAAUGGUGACAAUAGUGCCGACUCUGUAUCAACCAAAUGACCCCAGCAACUUCACCUUCUUCAAAGCAGCCCUCGAAAACAAACAUAAGGCUGGUAUAUUCCACCAUCUAUUAAUAAUUGGGGGGCGAAAACCAGGAGACUAUGAAAUGGUGACAAUAGUGCCGACUCUGUAUCAACCAAAUGACCCCAGCAACUUCACCUUCUUCAAAGCAGCCCUCGAAAACAAACAUAAGGUGGCAGAACAAUGGGAACCUAUACAAGCAGUCUACAAGAAACUGUGUCGCAACGAUCUCUCUCUCACUCAUCAAGAACUUGCCCAACUCAAGUGCCGCUAUGUUCACCGAAAUGUGCCUUUCCUAAGGAUUGGGCCGUUGAAAGAAGAAGAAGCCUAUCUGGAGCCAAGAAUUGUGCUAUAUCGUGACGUCAUCUACGACAGCGAAAUAGAGCUACUUAAGAAAAUGGCUUUACCCAAGUUGAAGGUGAUGAAUCUCAACAAGGCUUCGAAUACGGUGGCAUUGUAUCGAAUCAGCGCGGGAGCGUGGCUGUAUGAUGAUGACCACCCAUCCAUUGAGCGACUGAGCAAGCGUGUCGAGUACAUGACGUCACUUGAUAUGUCUUAUGCUGAGUCACUGCACGUGACUAACUACGGCAUUGGUGGAUACUACGAAGCACACCAUGAUUAUUUAUCGGAAGAACUUUUCAAAAACUAUGGAAGACGAAAGCAGUUGGGAAAUCGAAUUGCUACAUUAAUGUUUUAUUUGAGUGAUGUGAUACAGGGUGGGGCCACAGUCUUCCCACUACUGAAUGUGACAAUAUGGCCUGAGAAGGGAUCAGCUGUCUUCUGGUACAACCUGCUUCACAGUGGGGAGAGGGACACGGCCACAUUUCAUGCCGCCUGUCCUGUGCUGGUUGGAUCCAAGUGGGUUUCAACCAAAUGGGUCCACGAGGCAGGUCAAGAAUUCAGACGGCCGUGUUUGCUGGAAAAGUAGACAAGACGAUUCAAGCUGGAACUAUUCGACUAUAUAUUUAUAACAGUUGCCAAAUCGUUGAAGAAAUAUAGUGAACUCCCAGAAUAUUAAAUUUCAUCUCAGUUUAGUAAAUCAAUUAUUAACCUAAAUCAUGAAAAGUUGUAUGGUGACAAUAAUAUUAUUAAGAAGUGAUUAAUCAUAAUUAACAAGGCUCAACUAUCAAUAUUUCACCAGAUGUAGGCCAACCUACCGGGAUGACUAAAAUCACAGUUAUCUACUACAGAAGGCCGUGGAAAACAAAAAUUGACAAUCAUGUAAUCGUAUCAUUUCCAGUGACCAUUUUCACUUUGUAAUUUGAAUUUCACUGAAUAGAUAGGUGUUUUAAAUGUUUGUUUCUUCAACAACUAUCUCCUGUCUACUGAAUAAUCCUGUUACUGGUGUUGAUGCUACUUAAAUAAUCUUAAUCUCAAAUAUAUUCGUCUGAUGAAAAUAUAAUGUAGUGUGGUAUUAAACUGAUUUUAUCCUACUUAUUUUUAAAAUGUUUGUUGAUGUUAUUAUAAGUGGAACUAUUGACAUUAUUAUUCAAGUGUUAUCAUUCAAAUUAUACAGAGUGUUCUGAAAAAAAGGUGCCAAUAAAUCAGGGCGUAAUUCCUCACAUCAAAAGAAGAAAAAAAGUUCUUAUUAAAAUGGGUCCGAAAAUGCUUGGUUACUAAGUU